GUGCGUCAGUGGCUGUGCUCGUCAUCGCCAUACUAACUAAUCAAGCCCUUCUUUUCUUUCCGUAAUUCAAGUUCCUCAUCAAAAUAACGAAGUAUAUGAAACAAACAAAAUCGCGUGAAAGGUCCCCAUAAUUUAAUGAUCAAGUUGAUGUUUUUUCAACAUUUAAAAUCGCACUUCCAGCUUCUGUCUGGCUGGUAUGUGUCCAGUGUCUAGUGAAUGAAAUCUAAUUCCUUGUAAACUCCAUAUUUUGUGAUUACGAGAAAUUACUAUCUUGUUACUAGUUUUCGAUUUUAGUUGGAAAAAUGCUGAAAAUGGAAACGGAUAAAAUAGAAGAUUCAACUAACAACCAGUACCCAAUGACUGUUUUACAGCCCUAUGAUACUGCCAGAAAAAAAGAGAUCACGGUCGAGCGUGAGGCUUGUUUGAAGAUGUUUGAAAAAUGGAACGAGACUGAUCAGGUGGAAUUUGUGGAAAAUCUGUUGGCUAGGAUGUGUCACUACCAACAUGGCCAUAUAAAUUCCUAUCUCAAGCCAAUGCUACAACGUGACUUCAUUUCCUUAUUGCCAAAGAAGGGUCUGGAUCACGUGGCCGAAAACAUACUAUCCUACUUAGAUGCAGACAGUCUGAAAAACGCAGAAGUCGUUUGCAAAGAGUGGCAUCGGGUAAUAUCCGAAGGAAUGCUGUGGAAGAAGCUCAUUGAACGAAAAGUAAGGACAGACACGCUUUGGCGAGGUUUGGCAGAGAGAAGACAAUGGAUCCAGUACUUGUUCAAACCCAGACCUGGGGAGCACCACAGACCGCACGUCUUCUACAGAUCCCUGUACCCGAGGAUCAUCAAGGACAUCGAGACGAUCGAGAGCAACUGGCGCAACGGCAGGCACAUACUGCAGAAGAUAAACUGUCGGUCGGAGAACAGCAAGGGCGUGUACUGCCUGCAGUACGACGAUCAGAAGAUCGUGUCCGGCCUGAGGGACAACACGAUCAAGCUGUGGGACAGGAGCACGCUCCAGUGCACCAAGGUGCUGACCGGUCACACCGGUUCGGUGCUCUGCUUGCAGUACGACGACAAGGUGAUCAUAAGCGGCUCGAGCGAUUCGACUGUCAGGGUGUGGAACGUCCAUUCGGGACAGAUGGUGCACUCGCUAAUCCAUCACUGUGAGGCGGUGUUGCAUCUGAGGUUUAACAACGGGAUGAUGGUAACGUGUUCUAAGGAUCGUUCCAUUGCAGUUUGGGACAUGACCUCACAGACCGAGAUCAACCUGCGACGCGUUCUGGUGGGACACAGAGCAGCCGUGAACGUAGUGGAUUUCGACGAGAAAUACAUAGUGUCUGCUAGUGGUGAUCGGACUAUAAAAGUUUGGAAUACGUCAACUUGUGAGUUUGUACGUACUCUGACUGGCCACAAACGGGGCAUCGCCUGUUUGCAGUACAGAGAUCGUUUGGUUGUGAGCGGCAGUUCGGAUAACACGAUUAGAUUAUGGGACAUCGAAUGCGGUGUGUGCCUGCGAACAUUGGAAGGACAUGAAGAGUUGGUCCGUUGUAUCAGAUUUGACACUAAACGAAUUGUGAGUGGAGCUUAUGAUGGAAAAAUUAAGGUUUGGGAUCUCGUGGCUGCUUUGGAUCCUAGAGCACCGACCAGCUCUCUUUGUUUACGAACUCUGGUGGAACAUACCGGAAGGGUAUUCCGUCUGCAGUUUGACGAGUUCCAGAUUGUGAGUAGUUCGCAUGACGAUACCAUUUUGAUAUGGGACUUUUUGAAUUCCGAUUCAUCUAUUUCGCCUCAACCGAUAGCUUGUGAAUGAGAUUCAGAUUGUAACGAGCCAAGGUCGAAUUAGAAUAACUAAGUGCAUCCCAUGGAUGCAGCUCUAUAGAAAAGGAUGGUCUCUAGCUGUGGAAGAUUGAGAGAUGAGGAGAAAGUGAUGGUAGCGAUUUCUCAAUUCUUCGCAAUCACCUCAAGAGUCUGCUUUUUGUGUUUAUGUCGAACUGUCAAAUACUUUAGUAGGUAUUGUGAUUUUUUUACUGUUGAGGAGUUACUAUAACGAUAUUGUUUUUUCACGUAUAUCAUUUUUUUUUGUUAAUAUUUAUACAUAUAUAGUUCUUCAUGACAUAUUAUAAUUGUACAAAAUUGUAAAGUUAUUAAAUUAAUACAUUGUUUAUCGAUUUAUAUGAAAUAAUGGCUUCAUAUUUUGAUGCGGUGCAUUAUUUUGUUAUUGUAUUUAUCUGUAUAUGAGAAAUUAAGAGGUUUAAUCGAUGGAGUGAAUAUUGUAUUAUUGAUUUUCUGAUAAUCGUGUUCUGAACUGCACACAUAAAGGAUCGAUUUGUUUCCUUUGAUUGCAAUCAAUUUUUUUUGUUGAAAUUUUUAAUAAAAAAAAUUAAAUACA